GAUCUCGUGAUGCAUGUUUACUUCAUAUUAUAUAUCACUUACAGCGUAGUAAUUGUGAACUUUGAUUUGUACGUACUUUGAAAACGACGGAUCAUUUUAUCAAAUAAAAGAAAAAUAAAAGAAAAAAUAUUUGCUUUUCAAGGCAUUGUUCCAACGCGAUCGAUUCACGUAGUGACAUCUGGUCUGAAAGUAUAUGAAGAUUUUGAUAUAAAAAAAUUGAUUAUUAAUUACAUUAAUAUAUUUUUGUGAAUAAAAAUGGCACACUAUAAAGGAGCUGCCAGUGAAGCUGGCCGUGCGAUGCAACUCAUGAAAAAACGUGAGAUUGCACAGCAAGAAAUAGAAUUGCGAAAAAAGAAAAUAGAAGAUGACUUGAAAAUUCAUAAUAUAGAAAACAAAUUUGCCACGCAUUAUAAUGCUGUGGAACAGCAAUUAAAAACAUCUACCAUUGGUCUUGUUACUUUGAAUGAGAUGAAAGCUAAGCAAGAGAACAUAGUAAAGGAACGUGAAAGGAAACUUGCACAAAAGGAACAAGAAAAGGAACAAGAAAAAGAAAGAGCACUUGCCGCAAAACAAGCAGAGAAAAAUAAACAAAAAAGACAAAUACAAGCAUUAUCAUUUAACUUAGAUGAAGAGUCUGAACAAUCAGAUGAGGAAUCUGAUGCAAAAUCUGAUAAGUCAGAAAAAUCAAAGAAUGAAUGUUAUGGUCCGGUUAUAAAAAAAAUUAAAAAGAAUCCUGAUGUGGAUACGAGCUUUUUACCAGAUAGAGAAAGAGAAGAAGAAGAAAAUAGAUUAAGAGAAGAAUUACGACAAGAAUGGGCUCAAAAACAAAAUGCAUUAAAAGAAGAAGAAAUAGAAAUUACUUUCAGUUAUUGGGAUGGAUCUGGUCAUCGACGUAGUGUAAUUAUGAAAAAAGGUAAUUCAAUUUAUCAACUCCUUCAAAGAUGUCUGGAAGUUUUAAGAAGAGAAUUUAGUGAGCUUAAAACUGUAAUGGCAGACCAAUUAAUGUAUGUCAAAGAAGAUCUUAUUUUGCCACAUCAUUAUACUUUUUAUGACUUUAUUGUCACCAAGGCAAGAGGGAAGAGUGGACCUCUUUUUACAUUUGAUGUUCAUGAUGAUAUUAGAGUUAUGCAUGAUGCUUCUGUUGAAACGGAAGAAUCACAUGCGGGGAAAGUCUUAUUAAGAUCAUGGUAUGAAAGAAAUAAACACAUAUUUCCUGCCAGCAGAUGGGAACCUUUUGAUCCAACAAAAAGUUAUGACAAGUAUACGGUUUCGGAUAAAAACAAAAAGAAGGAUUUAAUAAAAUAAUACAUUUUAAAUUGUAUAGAAGAUUGUAAAAAUCAAGAAAAUAUUAUGUUUAAUGUUUUAUAAAUAUUAUAUAACAUAAUAGAUUAAAAUACUUUGUAGGUAACUGUCUUUGGCAUUUAAUAUUUAAAACAUAUUGUUCAUUCUACUUUUGUCUAAAUUAGAUAAGUGACAAAGUAUUCAAGUUGUUUAUAUUUAAAUGUAGUAUGAAUGUGUUUUUAUAUUGACAAAUUAAUUAUAACUUUGUAAGAUAAAAUAUUAUUUAUUUAACUUCAAUUCCAACUUUUAAUCUUUCUGUAAAUAGCAUAAAAUAAAAGACGUUUAUUAGAGAUUAUA